AGGAAGCUGUCAGAGACUCCCUCCCAGCCAGCCCAGCGAGCAUGUGGUGGGGAACCCUCAGUUUGCUGUUCUGCGUGCCCGUGCAAGCAGCCUUUCUCAACAUGGAGACCAUCGAGGUGGAGGAAGGCCAGACGCUCAACCUCACAUGUGUUACUUCUCUGACGAAAAAUGCCUCUCUCCAGUGGCUGGCCCCCUCAGGGUUCACCAUUUUUUUAAAUCAGCAUCCUGCUUUAAAAAGUUCCAAAUACCAGCUUCUCCACCAUUCAGCUACACAGCUCUCCGUUAGCGUGUCCAAUGUAACUCUACGAGAGGAAGGUGUGUAUACGUGCUUACAUUACGGGAGUUCCGUGAAGACGAAGCAAGUUAGAGUGACCGUGUUAGUGACGCCUUUCCAGCCAACUGUGGAAGCUUUGGUUCUCAGAAGACAGAACGGAGAGAAAUCUGUUGUGCUGAAGUGUUCCACAGAGAGAAGCAAGCCCCCUCCGCAGGUCACCUGGCUCCUGGGGGGCGGUCUGGAGAUCGAUGGUGAACUUCACCAUGAAUUUGAAGCUGAUGGGAAAAUAAGUAACACCACCAGCACGCUCGUAGUCCGCAGCUAUGGCAAAAACUCAACCGUGCACUGCGUUAUCCGGCACAAGGGCUUGCAAGGAAGGAAGCUGGUUGCUCCCUUCCGGUUUGGAGAUUUGGUGGCAGAUCAAGAAACAACCUCAGAGGCCCCUGAGCAGAGCUCUCUCUCCUCCCAAGCCCUCCAGCAGCCCACGAGUACAGUCUCAAUGAUGGAAAAUUCCAGUAUGCCGGAGACUGACAAGGAAGAGAAAGAACAUGCCACUCAAGACCCUGUCAUGAUCACUGAAGCCAGUGCUCAGCAUUCAGGGCUGGCCAGGAGGAAUAGUGGCAUCCUGCUGCUCACGCUGGUGUCCUUCCUCAUUUUCAUCCUCUUCAUCAUCAUUCAGCUCUUCAUCAUGAAGCUUCGUAAAGCGCACGUGAUAUGGAAGAAGGAAAGUGAAAUUUCAGAGCAAGCUCUAGAAAGCUACAGAUCAAGAUCCAACAAUGAGGAAACAUCUUCCCAGGAGAAUAACAGCCAGGCCUCACAGUCUAAGCAUUGCAUGAACUACAUCAUGCGGUUAUACUCGGGAGCCAAAACAAAGAAGAGUGCCCGGCAUUGGAAGAUGGAGGGCAAGCACAGUCGUGUCCCCGAGAGUAUUGUGUAGUGUUCCCAGUGAUAGAAGAUAGGAUUUCGGGGCAGCUGUAUCAGGCCCUGGAAAGAAUCAUAAGUACUGUGACAUAAAAAUAAGAUGUCCACUGAGUACAGUUCAAGACAGCGUCCAUUGAGCCAGGGCAGCCACAUGAGGACCAAGCCAUGGACAGAAAGCUCCUCCUUGAAAGACAAACAUAGAAAGAACCUAUUGUGACUGACACUACCUCAGAGCCGGAGGACUCUGCUAAGUCUUUUGGAUCAGGGUCAAAAUGACCAGUGAGCAUCUGACCUCGAAGGGAGCAGCAGUUUUUAGAUAUGGGGCUGGAGUGGAACUAUUUGAAUUGGUUUAAAAUCUUUCCUUCUGGUCAAGAAGGACUUAAGCAUGAGAAGGACCCAAAGAAGACCUGAGCUACCAGCAGCCUACUCUCAAGACAGGCUCUAGGAAGAGGCCAUGUGGGCAACAGAGAAAAGUGGGAUGUCACAGCAUGCAGUGGACAUGACCACCCAGAGAUCCACAACCCUCAAUACCAGAGCUGAAUUCAGCUGCCAAGGGGCUUCCUUACAAACUGUGAGCCAACCUGACAGGCAGUUCUUAACCAAAUUACACCAUGGCAAGGGCAUGGACAGAAGCAAACCGCGAGUUUGGUUGACAGACUGUUGAAUUCAUGAAUGGUUUUUAGAACUUUAAUAAAGACUGGAGUGUAUCUUUUUUAGAGGCUGUCAUGCCCAUUGGUUAUCUACGUGAAAAAAAGAUCAAUUUAGAUGACAUAGCAAACUCUGAUUUUAUAAAAAUGAAACGUUUCUCACUAGUUGGAUCUGAGAAAACCAGCUUGCAAGUAUUACAUGCACACCCGUGUACAUGUUUGUACACACCUAUGCACACACUCAUACAUACUUGCUUGCACCCACCCAUGCAACACAAACAAAUACAUACACAUACCUAUAUCGUAAGUGUGUUAUUGUAGACACCAGCUCCUCCUGGUCCUAUCCCUCUCCUAUAAUGACUUUUUUUCCAUUUAACAAUCACGAAAUUAUAGCAAACUAUAAAGACAGCAUAGAGGAUCUUCCUCAAUUAGUUGAGAGUGAAAGGGCCUGAUGCUCAACACCCCUUGAAACCCUCUGAUUACCCCAAGAAAGACACAUAUCACCACAAAGAAAACAUUUCAGUCAGGAAAGUAGCAUCGAUGUCUUUCACUCAUGGUCCUUGGAUGCUGUGGUGGUUUGAACGUGGCCUUGUUGGAGUAGCUGUUUCACUGUGGGUAUGGGCUUUAACACCCUCAUCCUAGCUGCCUAGAAGCCGGUCUUCCACUAGCAACCUUCAGAUGAAGAUGUAGAACUCUCAGCUCCUCCUGCACCAUGCCUGCCUGGAUGCUGCCAUGUUCUUGCCUUGACGAUAAUGGACUGAACCUCUGAACCUAUAAGCCAGCCCUAAUUAAAUGUUGUCCUUUAUGAGA